AUGUCAUCAUCCUCAGUCUUCGUCGAGGUCACUGAACUUCUUGCUGCUGACCUAGACUACAUCAUCGUCGGAGGUGGAACGGCUGGACUUCCUCUUGCCGUGCGUCUUGCCGAGACGCCCGAUGUACGCGUCGGAGUUCUCGAAGCCGGCGCACACAUCACGAGCGACCCGAUGCUCGACCAGCUCCGCUUCAUCGGCACCCAUACUAGCAACCCAAAGUAUGAUUGGUGUGACAAGACCGAACCCAUGCCCUCACUAGAUGGGCGCGUAAUGGAGGCGCCUCGUGGCAAGAUGCUCGGCGGUUCCACAGGCAUCAACUUCAUGGCGUGGGACCGCGGCUCUCGCGCAGACUACGACGCCUGGACGCGCUUCGGUGGUGAAGGCUGGUCCUUUGACGGGUUGCUGCCAUACUUCAAAAAGACCGAGGAUACGAGAUCAGUCAAAGAGAAUCCAAACUCUAUGAUCGCUGCUUCGACCCAGGUUGCCGGCGGCGGCUUCGAGGAGAGUACAGGGAUAAAUGGACCGGUCAAAGUCAGCUACAACGAAACGGAUACAGACGUGCAGGGCGUGUUCGUGAAAACAUGGAACGGGAUGGGCGUGCCGACGAGCGCGAAUCAUUUCGCAGGGGAGAAGCACGGCGUGAUCAAUCACAUUCGUGCUGUUGAUCUUCAAGAGGGAAAGCGCAUGACGUCCGCGUCAGCAUAUCUUCCUCUGGCGAAUCUCGACAACGUCAAGGUGUUGCUUGGAGCCCAGGUCUCGAAGGUAGUCUUCGAUCAUGGCACAAACUCCAUCAGCGAUGCGCCUUUCUCAGCGUCAGGAGUUGAGUUCGUCCUUGCGGGGAAGGUCUACACUGUGCACGCUAAGAAGGAGAUCAUCUUGUGUGCGGGUACUCUCCGUACUCCCCCUCUCCUCGAGCUCUCCGGCAUUGGCAACGCUCAGCGUCUCAGGGCACUGGGUAUUGAUCCCCUCAUUGACCUGCCGGGAGUUGGGGAGAACUUGCAGGACCAGAUGUUUGUGCCUGUACAGUAUCGCCUGAAGCCGCAUGUCAAAACGAAAGAUCUUUUGCGCGAUAGUAAUUCUGAGUUCUACAAACGUGAGGAGGCGCGAUAUGCUGCAACCAAGCGUGGUUGGUUCAUGACCGGCGACAUGGCCACCGCCUUCCUUCCGCUCGCGGAGACGGCAGAUACCACGACACACAAUAGUAUAGUGUCCAAGAUCGAGGAGCUCAUUCGAGAUGAGAAGACGAUGCCAUUACAUCGCGCGCAGUACGCCGCGCAGCUCGAGAUGCUGAAGGCGCAGAGCACGCCGUUAUUCGAGUUCUUGCAAUUCGCGGCUGGAUUUGUCGACCCUCAGCCUGGACAAGCGUACACGGUGUUAGUCUCAGGACUUCUGACUCCCUUUUCGCGCGGGCAUGUGCACAUCAAGUCUAGUGAAGCCUCUCUCCCCCCUCAGAUCCAACCAAACUACUUUUCGAAUGAGCUUGAUAUGGAUCUCUCACUGAUCGCAUUCGACAAGUAUGCAGAGUUCGCGGAAGCGGUUCCAUUCAAGGAUAUAGUGCUUGAACGCCAGUUGCCACCUAUGCCUCGCGAGAAUCUGGAAGGCUACGUGAAGAUGGCGUGUCUGUCAAGCGGUCAUCUCAUCGGCACUGCUGCUAUGGCACCUAGAGAGAUCGGUGGCGUCGUCGGGGGGGACCUCAAGGUGCACGGCACGAAGAACCUACGCGUGGUCGACGCGAGUGUGUUCCCAGUUGCUGUCGCUGGCCACACACAAGCAACGGUGUACGCGUUAGCUGAGAAGGCUGCGGACAUCAUCAAGAGCGGUGCACAAGCUCCCCCGCACGGCCCGACGCAGGAUUGA